AUGGCUAAUGCAGGAAGUGAUGAGACGACCAAACUCGAAGCUGUUGCUGCCGAUAGAAGCAUGACGCCAGGCUUGGAAAACGUCCUGCACAGCCUCCGCCUGCGACCGAUCUUGGAGCAACCCGAUAGCCCUCUUCUUUGCCUCCCGGGAGAGCUACGCAACCGCAUUUACAACUGUGCACUUACAGUCGGGGUGCGGUCCAUUCGUUACCAAGAAGUACCCGUUUACUCCCCACUGGCUCAACUGUCUUUGCGGAGGUUCUAUUUCGCCGAGCACUUUUCCGAUGAGGAUGAAGACUUCAACCAACUUAAGUUUGUCUGCCGUCAACUCUACACCGAAACAGCUCUCUUGGAACUCAGGCUCAAUCGCGUCACCUUCUGCGGCGAGUUCGACACCAAGGAAACCUUUCGGCCGAGUUGGCUUUCACGGGUAGAGCUUGAAUUUGGCGGAGACCAAAUCCUGUCUUUCAACUCUUCCGUAGUUCCUCUCGAGUCUUCAGUGACACUAGAGCUCGUUGCAGACUUCUGCCGUAUGCAUCCUCAAUGCCGGGUCAAAUACAUUACUAGGACGUUUAACACGGAGUCUGAGGCAUACAGCUUCAUGACUCAGGGCUACUUUAUCACUUUAGCAGUGCGUCACAACGAUCUCCUAUGCCUUGCGCCAGGAGCUUAUCCCUUUGACUUUGAGGCCGCAGUUGAGUCGGCCACUUCUCGAUGUGUCAAGAGGCUGGAUGUACCAAAUUUCCGGAUCUUCCCGCAAGAAGGUAGCCGCGCCGACGGGUACUUCUCGGGAGAGCUUAGAAUGGCUCCAGGCAUGACAGAUGCUGAGAGGGAAGCGUCCUUCAAGCUUGCGAAAGACUGGAUAAAGAAUGGCAUCUGA